AUGACAGUAACACAUCGUGUCUUCUAUUGGGUGGAGACCACCAGCGGACUCGAGUUCCAGCGCAUCGAACCGGAAGAGGUCGCACGUCACCAUGGCGUCCCAGCCAAAGAGCUGUUCACAUACUGGCAGAGAGAGAUCGAUUGUGAUGAGGCGGUCCGGACCCUGCCUCGGACCUUGUUCAUGAUCCUGUUCUUUGCGCUGAUGCUCUUUUCCCACGAGAUGAUUGGCAAUACCCACAGCCUUGAGAGAGCUAUUCGGUGGGACAUUGAAGAGAAUGCAAAUUUUGCCGUGAACAGCGUCGGCACCUUCGCGCAUAAGAAUCUCUACGAUGUCAACAGCUUCGCCGACUUUUAUUCCUGGUUUCGCCUAGGCUUUGCAGCAAUCUACAUGCCACAGAGCAGCAGCGUGUCGGAGGGCUCCAGCCUCAGUACUGCAGCCCUUUCGGCCCGGGAGAAGCAAGUCUACCGCGAUGUGAAUCGAAAGCUUGGGCCGGUCAAGCUGUCGCAGCAGACUGCCAAGGCCACUGCUUGCGACAAUUUUGAUUUGCUGCAGGCCAUAGACAAUACAACCACCAGUGACAGUUGUUCCGAAUUAGGGAAGGACUUCACCAUUCAGCCCACAGACUUCGACGUUGGGUUUUUGGAUUUCAUUGAGGACUCCAACAAGACUAGAUGGUUCAGCUUCUUGGACGAUCCCAGCGACAAGAUCACACAGCUGGAGAGGAGCAACUGGCUCAGCGCACAGACUGAUCACUGGAAGAUCAGCAUGGUGCUUUAUAACCCGGACUUUGACAUCCUCACACUCACCGAUAUUCACUUCUUGCUGGCCCGCUCGGGACGGAUUUGGAAGCAGAUCACCUUGAUGUCCUUGAAAAUGAGACCUUACGCCAAUCUUUGGUUACUUUGCUGGGAGAUCCUUUUCUUCCUCAGCAUUUUGAGCAUCUUGGCGGAGGAAGUGCAUCAAAUCAUCACCGGUUUGAUGUCCGAACGCGAGAGACGGUGCGUGAGAUUCUUCCUGAAGUACAUUCGUGUGUGGACCUUGAUUGACUGGGCAUCCAUCAUCAUUGCCUUCACCUUACUAGGGCUUUGGGUCCACACGGUUCAGGAGCGGCAUGCCUUGCAGGUGUCACUGCAGACUCUCCUGAUCCCCUGCAACUCGGGCAAUCAAGCACAGUGCCAGGGCUACCAAGAUGAUGUGGUGCGAAUGGCCACCGCUGCAGGGUCGUUGGCGGAGCAGACCACCUUGGUCAGCAGUUUCUAUCCUUUUUGCAUUCUUCUACGGCUCUUCAAGACCUUCACCUUGCAGCCACGCUUGGCAGUGGUGAGCCGCACCAUUUGGGCUGCCUUCGUGGAUUUAGUUCACUUUGGUAUCAUCUUUGUGUCGGUGUUUCUGAGCUUUGUCUUCAUGGCCAUGGGCUUUUUCGGCAGAGCCAUUGAAGGUUACUCGAGCCUCAACAACGCCUUUAUCACUCUCUUCCGCGCCUUGAUGGGCGACCUGGACUUCGAGGCCAUGGAGGCACAGGCAGGCCGCUUCAUCGCUGGACUCUUCCAUUUGUCCUUCAUGGUGACCAUGGUGCUGAUCCUUCUGAACAUGCUGAUUGCCAUCAUCAUGGACGUCCAUGCGGAGAGCAAGCAAAGUGCCGCCUCGGGCGCCACGGUCUGGGAGGAUGUGGCAGACUACUUCAAUCGCCUUUGGCAACGCCGCGCAGGAACGCGGAUGAGCAUCCUAAAGGCGAAGGCCUUGUUCACCGCUAGCGCCAAGCAGGAGGCAAAAAACACCGGGUCAGCAAAGUCCACGGAUGAGCGAGAAGUCAUCACCGUCGCCGAGUUGAGGAAGCGAGUACCCGAGAUGCCCAUGCACCAAGCCACCGAGUCCAUCGAGCAGUCGGUGGUGUGGUUCGAACGGCUGAACUCGGAGGAGGCGCAGCUCGAGGUCUUGCGAGAACUGCGACAACUGCGGCUGCAAGUGGCGGCGGGCAGUGAGAAAAGCCAGGCGAGAGAGGAGGAGCUCUGCUCAAUCAGCGUGGAGACGACCGCCAUGGACCUCCACCAGAAGGCGCACGAGUUGGCCGAAGCGAUGAAUGAGAUGAGACACUCGAUGGAAGUGCUGCAAAAGCGCUUGGAGCACUUCGAGAAGCCUUCGAGAAGAGCGUCACACGCGUUGGUCUCAUGGCGCACGGAUGAGGAGACCUGUCCGGUUGAUACGAUGCGUUUUAAGGAACUUCAUGAUGAGGAUGCUCCACAGCGGGCCGCAGGGUCAAAGGUACCUUGUAGCUCUUCGUCCUGCUUAUGGGAUGCGAAGCAGCCCAUGGCCAUGGCCGACGAUGCGAUGCUAGUGUGCCAGGGUCGGAUGGAUGAGCUCCGCGGUGUAUCACGAAGGUGCGAACGUGCGAACAGUUCAAUCUCCAGAGCUGCUCGACCCGCAUCCGAUCAACGACCCGAUCAGACCUCUUCCUCAGACCUCUUCGCUCGACCUCUCCCGACCUCUCCCAGCGGCUCAAAGGGAAGACGCUACCCGCGGAGCUCCGCGGAGCUCCGCGGCCGGGACCCGCCGCGGAGCUCCGUCUCAUCGGCGCCCAUGACGACCAUCGCCCACAAGGUCUACUAUUGGGUGGAGACCACGAUCGAAAAUGAAUACAAGAUCUUCCAGCCGAAGGACAUCGCCUAUCGGCACGGCGUGCCAGCAAAGGAGCUCUUCACAUAUUGGCAGAAAGAGAUCGACUGUGAUAAGGCCGUCCAGACCUUGCCUCGGACGUUGUUUUUGAUCAUCUUCUUUGCCCUGAUGCUCCUGUCACACGAGAUGAUUGGCCCUGCUCAAAGCAUCGAGAGAGCCAUCCGCUUCGACAUCGAAGAGAACGCCAAUUUUGCCUUCAAUGGUGUUGGCACCUUUGGAAACAAGAACAUCCAGGACGUCAAUAGCUUUGCGGACUUCUAUUCCUGGUUUCGCCUAGGCUUCGCAGCGAUCUACAUGCCUCAGAGCACUUCCGUCUCUGAGGGCUCCACUCUCACUGCAGUACCGCUCAGUACGCCCAACAAACAAAUCUACUUGGAGACGAACCGCAAGCUUGGUCCCAUCAAGUUGUCGCAGCAGAAAGUGACGAAGGCAUCACAAUGUGACAACUACAACUUGUUCCAAGCCAUUGACGCCGGCGUGACAGCAGACAGUUGCGCCGCAUUAGGGAAGGACUUCUUCAUUCAACCCACCGACUUUGACAUCGGCUUUCUGGAUUUCACGGAGGACAUGAACGCAACGAUUUGGUUCAGCCCCAUGGAAGAUGCCACGCCUCUCAUCACCUGGCUGGAAAACAGCACGUGGCUCACCUCAGACACAGACCAUUGGAAGAUUACCAUGGUGCUCUACAAUCCUGACUUCGACAUCCUGACCGUGACCGGGAUCCACUUUCUCCUCGCCCGUUCCGGGCGGAUUUGGAAGCAGAUCACCUUUAUGUCGUUGAAGAUGGCACCUUAUGCGAAUCUUUGGCCACUCUGUUGGGAGAUCCUAUUCUUCGGGAGCAUUUUCACAAUCUUCAUAGAGGAGGUCUAUGAAGUCGUCAGUGGACUUCUGGCCACGCGCGUGCGGGGGCGCUGCAAAUGCGUGUCCUUCUUCCGGGAGUACAUCAGCGUUUGGAACCUCAUCGAUUGGGUCUCGAUCAUCUUGGCCUUCACUCUUCUAGGGAUGUGGAUCCUCACCUGUGAGGAUCGGAAGGCGUUGCAGGUGGCGGUGGAAGCCCUGAUUGCCACCUGCAGCUCUGCAGACCAAAAUACAUGUCAAGAAUACCAAGAAUAUGUCUUGGAUUUGGCAUCGGAUGCUGGUCAAUUAGCCGGGCAAACCAGCUUGGUGAGCAGCUUCUACCCUUUCUGCAUCCUCUUGCGACUCUUCAAGACCUUCUCCUUGCAGCCACGCUUGGCCGUGGUCACACGAACCCUAUGGGCCUCCUUCGCCGACUUGGCCCACUUCGGCAUCAUUUUCCUCUCCGUCUUUGUGACCUUCGUCUUCAUGGCCAUGGGCUUUUUCGGCCGCACCGUGGAAGGGUACUCGAGCUUCCAUAUCGCCUUCGUGACGCUCUUCCGUGCCUUGAUGGGGGAUUUGGACUUCGAUGCCAUGGAAGAACAAGCCGGUCGCGUCAUUGCUGGAAUUUUCCACUUGGCCUUUAUGCUGACGAUGUUGCUGAUUCUGCUGAAUAUGCUGAUCGCUAUCAUCAUGGACGUCUACGCUGAAACCAAGCGAAACGUGCCCGACUGAGCAGUCUGCUAACCUCGCAAACAAGUCUGACAUGCAUGGACAUGAUCUACUUCUAUAGGUGCUGCAGAUUGCUGCAGGAUGUUUUCCUUCAGUUGUAAGACACUUUGCUUCGAGUAGGUGAUAAAAGGACUGGCUCCAGGUUUCGGAUGGUCUGCCGAGCCAUUCCGGACAUAUGGUAUGUGCAUAUUGCGGUGGUUGAAAAGGGUAUAUGCCAAGAUGUUCCAAUGUAGCCAUGUCAUUCUCCCAGUUUGGAGCGCCAUUUCAGGCCUUUUGAGGGCGUCCCAUGCGUUUGACACACGGACCGGUGUGGGACGGACCGGUGUGAGAAGGAAACAAAGCGGCGUUCGCUUCACGCGUUCGCUUCACGCGGCGAGUUGGGGGACCCGCAUGAGACCGACGGUUCGUGCGUGCUCGGCCAAAAGAAGAAACAUGGUCUGAAAGGGUUGGUGGAUGCGAAAGGGUUGGUGAACGCGUGUUGGUUUUUUCUCGCAUGGCAUACGCUGUGUGGUGGCUGGCGUAUGGCUGAUGUUGCGACCGCUCGUGCGGUCUCAGUUCCAAGAAGUGUGUGGCUGAUAUGUUUGGCUUGAUCCAAAUCUCCUGGUGGAAGAAUUGAGCACCGCAGCCCAAAGAUCAUCCUCUCGAUGGCGUGUCAUCGUACCCACCAGUGGAGGAGCAAGCAAGGUGACAGGGGGAGGACAGUUAGUUGGGGCGUUCAAGCAUUUUGAGCAUGGAGCCGCCUUCUCCUGGAGAGCAUUGUUCUAUGAAGAAGACGGAAGCCGUUCGAAAAGCAAUUAUUCUUCUGUUGCGAAGACCUUCAUGUUGCUGCAGAGAAGGGACUUCUUGUGGUCCUGAAAUUGACAUGGACAUGGAAAGUAUAAAGAUACUGUAUGUAUAUAUAUAUAUAUACCGUGUUUUAUUGUACCAUUAUAUACCCACGGUGAUGCUGGGGGCCGUUUGUUCCAUGUCAAGCGCAACGGAGGUAUCCACCCCAGAACAACCUGUUUUUUUUCAGUACCCCUCGAAAACAAGAUUGAUACAAAGGCAGUCAAAGCCACCCACUCCAUAAUUGGGGGUAGGUGAACAUUGCCAUGCAGGAAGACUGGCCUAUUGUUUGAUAUUUCUUGUGUGCCCGCAUCGUCCUGCGUUGACUGGACUCUGUUUUGCCAAUAGACCAGCAAUCACAAUAU